UAGAAUUACAGUGUUAAAUCUUUUGUUACUCCUGCAGUUGUAUUUACAUUUAUGUAUGUUCAAAUGAACACUACAUACAGUUCAUCUUUGGAAAGAUAAUGCUCUGGCGCUAGCAUUUCUCUCAAACUUUGCGUCAACUUGUUCCUUGUUUGUUAUGUCCAGGUUGUGAGUCAGUGAACAAAAAAACAAUGGGAAAACAGUGGGUGAAGUGUUCCAGCUACAUAGUGUUGUUAGUUUUAGUAAUGAAGUUGACUAGCGGCGACCGCGGCGACUAUAUCGGGUGCUACCGGGCGCGGCUAGACGAGCUGCUGAACCCGCACACCGGCCAGGCCGUGGACGAGUGCCUGUCCGCGUGCGAGGGACACUACUACAAGUACGCGGUCAUCGGCAACGAGUCCACGUGCUUCUGCGGCAACGUGCCGGGGCAGUUCCGGCUGGCGGCGGACGCGUGCGACACCGCCUGCCCCAAGAACGCGACGCAGCGAUGCGGCGGCGGCGGCGGCGGCGCGGCCAGCGUGUACGACACGGCGGUGGCGGCGCCGGGCCCGCCGCGCGCGCUGCGCCUGCUGGCCGCCACGGAGACCACCGCGCGCGUCGCCUGGACCGCCCCGCAGGCGCACUCGCAGAUCUCCGCCUACCUGCUGCAGGCCGUCGUGCUGUCCACCUACGCCGACUACACCCCCAUGCCGCUGCAGUGGAGCGUGCCCAACACCACACUCAAGUCCGAGCUACCCAACCUGCAGCCCGGGUCGGUGUAUAACAUUAGUGUGGCUGCUGUGAAUGAAGAUGAGGAGGGCCCCAACAUCACCAUUAAGGUGGAAACUGAAAUAGGAACCCCAGAUCCUAGCCCCCCUGAUGUUGUGAUUAGGGAAAGGCGAGGAAAUGAAAUGAGAGUACACAUCCCUGAAGCUAAGAAUGUGAAUGGUCCCGUGUCCAUGUACAGGAUUGUGGUGUCCAUCGAGCUGGACCAGCAGUGCUACCUAGUAGAGAACCUUGGCAACUACUCACGCGCACAGGAGCUGGGGCUGCCAUACUACAUCACGGCUGAACUUGACCCAGAUGACAUAAAAAAUGACUUCAUUAUUGGAGAUAAAAGCACAUAUAAUGGGUUCUACAAUGCUCCUCUUCUAUUGACCAAUGAGAUUGGAGUCUUCCUAGGUAUAGUCAGUGAGAAGAACCAUGUGAAGAAAAUAAGAUAUUCUGAAUCAUGUAAGAAAAUUAUUCUGAACAUAAAUGAGCCUGAGGAAGUCUCCCCCAUGGUGGUGGCGCUGGGCGCCGGGAUAGCUAUAGGAGUAGUUCUCUUGUUGAUUGGUAUUGGACUCCUCAUAAUACUGAGGAAAAGGAUUCAUCUGACUAGAAUACAGCGCGGCUCCCAGUCCAUGCCACUGAGCCUCAGUGAGCCGUGCGUGGAGAUAGAGAAUGCAGGGUUCCUGCAAGAAGAAGAUGAACGAGUGGACUACUACGGAAACAUCAAGAGGAACUUAUGGAACAUACCCAGGAACUUGAUAGACAUUGACAUAUCAUGUGUAGUUGGGCUUGGCAGCUAUGGAAAAUUCACUAAGUGCAAAGUACAACAACAUGGUGGCCUCACUCCCGGGCUGGUUCAGGUCAUCAAUGACAGAGAGAUGGAGAAACAGGACAAGAGGCUGAUGCUGCAGGAGCUGGACCUGCUCAUCAAGACCAGCGAGCAUGAGAAUGUCAUCUCCCUCAUUGGUAUCUGUGAGACCAACACCACCCUGUUUGUGGUGCUGCAGGACUGCCGGCAGACCCUGAAAGAGAUGCUCAUACAGAGCAGGCACAGGGACCUUCAGAACAACAAAUUCUGCCUUGUGCCUGAGAGCAGAUUGCUUCAGAUAUGCUGUGAUGUAGCACGAGGCCUGGAGUACUUGCACAGCAAGAAGAUUUUCCACAAGAGGUUGUGCUGUCGUAACAUAAGUCUGACGGAGGGCGGCGCGGCCAAGGUGUCCGGGUUCGGGCUGGCGCACGCGCGGCCGCUGCACGAGACGCCGGACUACACGCGCUGGACGGCGCACGAGAUGCUGCGGCAGUCGCGCUUCCACGCGGGCGCCGACGUGUGGUCGCUGGGCGUGCUGCUGUGGGAGGCGCUGGCGGUGGGCGCCACGCCCUACGCGCACUCGGCGGGCGCGGACGUGGCGGGGCGCGUGCUGCGCGGCGUGCGCCCGCCGCAGCCCAGCUACGUGGCUGACGAGCUGUUCCAGGUGGCGCUGCAGUGCUGGCAGGUGGACCCGGCGGAGCGCCCCGCCGCGCCCGCGCUGCGCCGCGACCUGGCCGCGCUGGCCGCCGCGCCCGGCGCCGCCUGCCUCAGCUUCACGCACUACAGCGGCUUCGAGUUCGAACCUUACGUGCCAGAGUACGAAAUUGUCUCGUAGCCUCCUUCCAAACGUGAUAUGGAAUAGGUUUUUUUUAUAAUUUCUACUAGUAUCUAAGUAACAGUUUAUGAAACUAUUUUAGAAUCUCAUUUUAUGAGCACAAGCAUACUUAUAAGUUACGAUAAGUAACCAAAGAUAAAGGCCUUGACGUAAUUCGUUAAUGAAGUAGACCAUAAGUUGUAAACUGUAGAGUAAUGUAUAACAAUAAGUGUAAGUGUGCUCUUUUCAGGGACUGACACCUUACUUUUACUAACAUUAUAUUAUUAAGUAAGGUACUAAUGUAUUUUAUUACUUAAGAAGUUUUAUAAUUUACACUUGUGUUCAUGACAUAGAAUUAGGUAUACUCAUAAAGACUCAUACUAAUCAUAUUUUCUUGGCCAUUAUUAUUCUUAAGAGCAUGUUACCUUUACGUUUAGAACUUAUUGUGUAAUGUAAAGGCUCCGACCGAGGAAAAAGCUAAAUGCAAAAUAAGUAACAUACCUGAGUAGCUUACAUGCAACAUAAUUUAACCAAGAGAUUGUAUUUUUAUGUGGUACAUGUGUUUUAUCUAUACGUAUCCUAUUUCCUUGUCAGACCCAAUGGGAAAAAAUUGCGUUUCUUACCGUUCUUACCUCUUAUAUGUAUAAUAUUACUUAAAAAUGAUUAUAUUAUUAAUAUGUAUAAGACAAAGGCAUUUUUGCGC